AUGACAAUAGAUGAUCGUCAAAUUCUAACUGACUACGAACGAAGUCGUAUAAUGGAAGGGUGGAUUCCAAGGCGACUGGGUGGUGGUUUUGGGGGUCGAAAAGAAUCUGGUCAACUUCGAUUCGGUGCAAGAGACCGUCCAUUUAAACGACCUCUUCAUGUUACUGGCAAUCAAUCCAUGCCUGAAAUUCUUCCCGAAUACCGGUUUGACGAUUGUUGGCGUCGUAAUUCUUCAUCAGAAAUGAGACAUCAACACUUCGAAUCUAAAAAUAAUCGUCCUGUUUUUCAAUACCCUAAAGAAUCACAGCAUGGUAGAGCAAACGGUCCAAGAUCCAGCAAUAACAUUCCUAAGAGUAAUUUAAACGAAAGUCGGUUUACAAACGAUAGUCGUUAUCAACCUUCAAAUAGAUCUCAUCACCGCGAUGUAUCCGGUGAUUCGUUUUCUUUAAGUUAUUCAAACACUUCCUUUAACCAUUCUGAUUAUCAUCAAACAAAAUAUCAUUCUGAGAGAAAAUACGGGCAUUCAAGAUCUAGAUCUCGGUCUCCUUCGCGUCAUCAUCGUAGCA